UGCCUGGUCACGUGUGCCGUGUAAACAAUCCGCCGUGCGCUCCUUCCUCCGGCUCGGCUGUGCGGCCUCCUUCCUCCCUGGAGUCGUGUGCUCUUCCCUGUAUGGUGGUGCCCGAGGAAGAGGGCGAUGACCCGCCGCUCCUGUGGCUGGAGGACGAGAAUGACAAAGAGUUGUUGUUUCUGAUGACGACCAAAGUGAUGAUUCCGCUGCUGAGCCCAGCCGUGACAGCAGAGCACAAUGUCCUGCAGACCUUCUUCAGCCACCUGGGGCACUUCUCCUAUGACAAGGCCAAGGACAAUGUGGAGAAGGAGAAAGAGGCCAACAAGACGGCUGGUACCUCCUGGUCGUCCAUGCUGGCAGCCCUGGCACACUUGGCUGCUGCAGAGAAGGCUUAUCACAGCAUGAGCUUCCUGGGGCAGAAGGCGGGUGGUCAAUCAUUUUUCAGCAGAAAAGAUUCAAUCAGGACAAAUUACACCUCGCUGUACAAUGAACUGAAGAAAGUGGUGACAACAGGGAAAAAUGCUAUUGGUGGCACAGCACCUCACUUGGAAGAACUGCUCUCCCAUCUGUCAGAGCAGUUGUGCUUUUUUGUUCAGGCUCGCAUGGAAAUUGCUGAUUUCUAUGAAAAAAUGUACUCUCUGAGCAACCAGAAAUUCAUUAACGCUGAGGAGCUGGUCAAUAUUUUGGAAGUCAUUUUAAAGAAGUACAGUUCCAGGUUUCAUCAUCCUCUCUUGUCUCCUCUAGAAAGUGGAUUCCAGCUUGAAGUUGAUGUUCUUUCACACCUUUUAAAAGCACAGAGCUUGAUAUUUGAGUGGAAGUUUCUCUUGUCUCUUGUAAAUUUGCACAAUGCCCAUACUAAACUACAGACUUGGGGUCAAAUAUUUGAGAAGCAAAAAGAGACCAAGAAACAUUUAUUUGGAGGACAGUCACAAAAGGCAGUGCAGCCUCCACAUCUUUUCCUGUGGCUCAUGAAGUUUAAAAAUAAUCUAUUAGCCAAGUUUACUUUUUACUUCCAUGAAGCUUUAAGCCGACAGACCUCAGAAAUGAAAACCUUGACUGCUAAAACGAAUUCAGACUACUUUGGAAAAAUCUCCAGCUUCAUAAGAAAAUACGAUGCGGUCAAUGUGUCCUUAAUUUUCGACAACAGAGGUUCAGAAAGCUUUCAAGGUCAUGGCUACCACCAUCCAGAUUCUUAUAGAGAAGCCCCCAAAGGUGUGGACCAAUAUCCUGCCGUAGUAUCAUUGCCCUCUGACAGGCCGGUUAUGCACUGGCCCAAUGUUAUUAUGAUAAUGAGUGACAAAAGUGCAGAUCUGAACACUUUAGAGAAAGUUGUAUACUUUUACGAUGAUAAAGUUCAAAGUACCUAUUUUCUGACACGUCCUGAGCCACAUUUUACCCUUGUUGUGAUCUUUGAGUCAAAAAAGUCUGAGAAAGAUUCACACUUUAUUUCCUUUCUCAAUGAGCUUUCCCAUUCCCUCAAAAGUUCCAGAGUAUUUGCAAGUUUAAAGCCAGGCUCUAAAGGUUAAACGGAUGGGUAAAAUGAUGUGGCAUAGCCGGAUAUACGAUUUGUUGUCUCUGACAUCUUAUAGCUUUAAAUGACAACACUGAUCGUAACUGAAUCUUAACCCUUCCAUAUAUCCUAUCCUUAAGGGCUCUGAAGGUAAUAUCUCCAAGCAGGAGUCUCUGCUUAUUUUUUCCCAGCCACACACCCACUACAUCAUCUCUGCCGAGUUGACUGCGACAUACAAUAAGUUGAGAAUCUAGUAGCAACUGUUUGACACCUUGGAAUCUGAUCGUGUGUACUCAAGAUAGAAAUCUCAAUUGUGGGUGGAAUUAUUCUUGCCACUUUGCCAUUAUGUUAUCUAGUGCAGUGCAGUUAGGAGAAAUCCUGUAAUGAGAGAACAAUGGAUAUGCUUAUCAAUUAUUUAUUUAUUUUGUUUUUGUUUCCCUGAAAGUACUAUUUGUCUGUCUUUCUCUCUGGCUUCAGUACUCUCUAAGGCGCAAACCCAGAACAAGCUUGCAGUCACUGAACUCAAACUCUGUUGUAAGCAAGUGACUCCAAAAUAUGGAAGCCAGCAUUUUCAGAAGUGCAUCUGCAAUGGCUACCCUAUAUUUACCUCAGACUUCUAAAUUGCCGUGUACACCUCUUAGCAAUAUGAGAUGUGCUUCGUGCGUCAAAUGGUUUCAUUAAUCCCCCCCCCAAAAAAAAAUUAUGGUGCUGCAAGGGUUAAUAGAGCUGAGGGAGCUCCUAAAACUCAAAAGGUUUCUGGCUAUGCCUGCCCUUUUUGACCAGCUCCUCCAAUCAUAGAAGCCUAUACUAUAGGUUAAAAAAAUGAAACCUCAUCUAUGAAUGAAGGAUUUGGACCUUUUGAAUAAUCUGCCCGCCUUCCAUUCCAUCAAAAGCAAGCACAAUAAGGACAACUUAACAUUUUAAGCCUGAUUUUUUGCCUUGCUUUUUUAAGGCAAAAACCUCCUGUUCAGUGUUAUGUUAAAUUUUAUUGUAGAUCUGUCUUGUUGACCACACCUGUGUAUGGUGAUUCGUGUUAUUCCUUCUGUAGCUGCAUGUAUGGUCUUUAAAAUGUCUUAUAGGCUGAACUAAUUAUUAUUGCUAAAUCGGACUUGAAGUAGAAGUAAAGGCGACACUUAACUAACCCUAAACUUACUACUGUCAGCCACGUUCUAAGCCUGAUCUAUCUAGCCCUGUAAAGAAUAAAACUUGCUCUACUUGCCUGUUCUGAAGCUACUCUGGUCUCCAGUGGAGCCCUCUGUGUGCAGGAGAAAGACGACAACAAUGGUUGGGAUAUACCUGGGAAGUGAUCUCACCCAUAGACUUAGUAUUGGGCUUCUGUUGUCAGCUGCCUCUCCUACAUGCUGAAGCUGCCGCUGACAGCUCAGCCUGGGACCGGACAGGAGUGGCUGCAGAACAGGUAAGUAUAGCUUUUUUUUUUUUUUCUCUCUCUCUCUUUACAAGGCUAGAUGGAUUAGGCUAAGAAUGUGGCUGAGCAUAGGUUUCGUGUUGGUUGGGGUUUGCCUUUACUUUCACUUUCAGGGAAAGGCCUACUUUUUUACAGGCAGCUAGGGAGAUGGUAGUGACCUGCUGCCAUUAUUUUUCUCCAGUUGCUGAUCUCAGAUGUAAACAUUAGACAAAGGCAGCUGCACCACCCUAUAGUAGGCAUAAGCACAUAGGGCAUGCCUUCAGCAUUCUUAGAAAAUGAAUCCUCAUUACCGGGGGCAAGAAGCUUCAACAGUACUUCUGCUACAACUUGGCCAUGGGCAAAUUGAGUGACAUGCAUGUAACUUGCCUUUCCAAAGUUCUUCUAAUUUUGUCUAUAUAUUUUAUAUCAGAUAACUUGUUUCUGUGUUCUUCUAAACUUCACAUCCAACCAUUCAUCUGUAGAAUUUUAUUCCAAUGCUUUUCAGUAUAUUCUUGAAAUGUUAAGAACGUGUUUACAGUGCUUGGUUGUAAGUUAUGGUUGAUUUUAUUGCACCUUGUCAGCCAAUGUUGGCACCUGAAAGAUUUUGCUGAGAUAUGACUGUUAAUUUGUUUUAGUCACAAGUGUCAACGUCUUGCAAUGUUGCUGGGCAAGUCACAAUUACUUGUUGACCAAAAAAUGUUUCGCAUCGAGCCUAAAGUAACUUCUCACAGAUAAAGCAUUUCAUCAUUCAUAUCAUUGUGUAUGCCAGCAUCAUUGCUCAUUGGGGCACUGUAACUUAAGAUGGCAACUCUUAAGUUGAUAAUGUCUUCUAUAAUAGACACCACAACCUGUAUACUUUGUGAUCAGAGAGAAGGAUUAUGCUAUUUUUGUGUUCUUCUUACAAAAGAUGCUAUAGAUACCCUUUGGGAUUCUACACAACCUGUAUACUUUGUGAUCAGAGAGAAGGAUUAUGCUAUUUUUGUGUUCUUCUUACAAAAGAUGCUAUAGAUACCCUUUGGGAUUCUACAGUACUAAAUGUAAUGCAAUAAUUUUGUAGCUGCUAUUCCAGUUUCUGGAAAACUGUUGAAAACCAUAAAUUAGGGAAUACGUUUUCCAUGAUUGGAACACCUCGGUAAACAUUGGGUUGUGGCCUUAUUUGUUUUUAAAUAUGGGCGUUUUUCAACAGAUGCACACUUAUAUAUUUUUACAUGGUAGAUUAUGAUCGCAGUUAUAUCAAUGCAAUUCAAACACUGAAAAUAACUUUUUUAUUUUAUAAGUAGAUUUUGAACGUUCCUGCUGAAAAGGAUUGUUGCAAUAUGGUGGACUUAUUGUGGUAGGACGGCUCUGUUUAACUGCACUAAUGACUGGGUGUUUUAAGUUAUGCUGCUGAAUUAAAAUCAAAUUUCAACUGUG